ACAAGUAAUCUUGUACAUUUUGGCCGAUCCGGAUCUCUUUCGCGUUCGUUUAUAUCCUUUUGGCGGUUGUGGUUUCAAAGUUUGUCAUUGAGCGAUGGGAAUACAAUCCCGAAUUUAAUUCGCUAAAAAGUCUCCUCCUGAAUCUAAAAUGAUACAGCGGCUCAUUUUUUUCAUGGUGGCUUUUGGCUCUGGCGCCGGAGCCUUUAAAAUUUUGGUUUUAUACCCAACACCUAGUUUUAGUCAUCAGCGACCGAUAAUGGCUCUAACAGAAAAGUUGGUUCAGUUGGGUCAUCAAGUGUUUGCAGUCAGCCCCAAUAUCGUUUUGGGCUUGGAGGGCAAUGAAAAUUAUACCUACGUGGAUGUCUCAUUCUCAUACGAAUAUUUCUCAGAUGUAAAGACGGAUGACGUCGUGAACUUUCAACGUGAGAUUCCAAAGUGGGGAAUAAAAGACUUUAUGGUCCCCAUGGCAGAAAUCCCUGGAAAACAAUUCUUAAGCGAGCCGUUUAAAAAGUUCAAAAAGCGUGUCGAAUCAGAAAAAUUAAAAUUUGAUGUGGUCAUCGUUGAAUCCCUUUGCAUCCCUUGGGGGUGCGGGAUGCUGAGACUUUUAAGCGAAGCCGCUCCGAUUAUAUCAAUGACGACAGUAGCCGUCGAUCACAACGAGAACCAUAUCGGAAGCAGGAUGCAUCUCUCUUUCGUGCCGACCAUUCUCAGCCCCUACACCGACAGAAUGAGCUUUUGGGAAAAGCUCGAAAACUGGAUUUUCUACUCUUACUUUCUAUCCAUGAGUUCAGGGGUGUUCGAAAGUGCCGCUCGGCGCUUUUUCAAAGAUAACUACGGUGCGGAAGCUGAAAACCUAGUCGAAGGUUGCUGGAGUAAUGUUAGCUUGGUUCUGGUGACCUCCAACCCGUUGUAUUUCUAUCCAAGACUUUUAGCAUCGAACGUCAUCGAAGUCGGACCGUUGCACCUUAAGUCACCCCCAGCAUUACCAAAAAACCUACAGGAAUGGCUCGAUGGCGCAGAGAAGGGUGUAAUUUAUUUUUGUCUCGGGGGCAACGUAAAAAGCAAAUCACUACCCGAGAGUGCAAGAGACAAUUUUGUGAAAUUUUUCCAAGAGUUGUCUCCCGGAUACAGAGUUCUUUGGAAAUGGGAAGCGGAUGGCAAAAUCCCAGGACAAUCUCCGAAUAUUUUAACUCAGAAAUGGAUGCCUCAAGAAAGCGUUCUAGCGCAUCCAAAAGUAAAGAUUUUCAUAAUGCAAGGAGGUCUUCAAAGUUUUCAAGAAGCAGUUCACUAUGGUGUCCCGACAGUAGGAAUACCAUGGUACGGAGACCAAAGAGGGGUAGUCGCUAAAAUGGUUGAUGCAAAGAUCGGUUUACGCUUGCUGCCAGAGGAGCUUUCAAAGUUCGAAAAAGUCAAGUCUACCUUAGAGGCCGUAAUGUUUGAUGAAAGUUAUGCUAUAAACAUGAAGAGACAUUCGGCCAUUUCUCACGACUUCACCUCUCAAUCCUUGGACAGAGCAGUGUUUUGGGUCGAACAUUUAGCCCGGCAUGGCGGGGCAUCGCAUCUGAGACCAGCAACCGCUGAAGCAAAUCUUUUUCAACUCCUUUGCUUCGACAUCGUAUCUGUGAUCAUAUGCUUCAGCUUUUUUAUUAUAUUCGUUAUUUACUUUAUUCUUAAGUCCUUUAAAUCCACCAUAUUCGGGAAUGAACUCUUGAAAAAGAAACAGCACUGAGAACCGAACAUUGCCACUAAAACGGUAAAAGACUUUUCCAUCCUCAGAUACCCGUCAUUUAUAUAAUCCACACUGGGAAAAAAUAUAGCUCACAGAGACCGGCCUUCGAUUCAUAUUGACCACAAAAGUUUUUCAGUUUACGGAACCAAAGUUUUCGGUUAUAAGGAGCGAAUUUCGGUUAGCUGAACCGAAAAACUUUGGUGCUCAAUAUGAACCUAACUUUCUUCCUGCCCGUACUUCAAUUAUACGUAUUUUUUACUUCCAAAUAUAGCCUGUGUCUUAUCCAUAA